UGUUCUCGCGAUAAUCCUCGCGACUUCGAUCAACUUGACCCGAGAUUUACGAGGUCGUUAACCUUUGCCCUGAGAAAAUGGCGGCCCUAGUGAAGAGUAUUUCCCGUGUUGGCGGUUUUGCCUCGCUUUUACAGAAGCAGUGUGCAGCCGUGACCGUCCCUGUCAGAUGUCUGAACCUGCAGGAGUACCAGAGUAAGAAGCUCCUGGAUGAUUACAAAGUGGCAGUACAGAGGUUUGGAGUGGCUGACACCACAGAUCAGGCUGUGCAGGUUGCCAAGCAGCUGGCACCUGUGAGAGAAUAUGUCAUCAAGGCUCAGAUCCUGGCAGGUGGGCGGGGCAAGGGCACUUUCAGCAACGGGGUCAAGGGUGGGGUCAAGUUCACCACUGUUCCAGAUGAGGUUGGCUCCCUGGUUAAAGACAUGCUGGGCUUCAAACUGGUGACCAAACAGACCCCACCUGGUGGUGUUCUGGUACAGAAGGUCAUGGUUGCGGAGUCUGUGGACAUCUCACGGGAAACGUACUUCGCCAUCCUGAUGGACCGGGAGACCAACGGACCGGUCAUCAUUGCGAGCACCGAGGGCGGCAUGGACAUCGAGGAGGUGGCCGAGAAAACACCAGACCGUAUUUAUAAGCAACCAGUUGAUAUCCAUGAGGGUCUGUCUGCGGCUGUAGCCAGGCAGCUCGCUCAGAACCUGAAGUUUGAAGGAGAGAAGUUGGACCAGGCCACGCUCCAGAUCAUGAACAUGUACCAGCUGUUCCUGUCAGUGGACGCCACCCAGGUGGAGAUUAACCCGUUUGCCGAGACGUCCGAUGGCAGAGUGAUCUGUGUGGACGCCAAGAUCAACUUUGACGACAAUGCAGAGUUCAGGCAGAAGGAAAUCUUUGCGCUGGACGACUGCUCAGAGACAGAUCCACGGGAAGUACAGGCACACAAACACAACCUCAACUACAUUGGCAUGGACGGCAACAUCGGCUGUUUAGUUAAUGGAGCAGGCCUUGCCAUGGCAACCAUGGACAUAGUGAAGCUGCAUGGAGGGGAACCUGCCAACUUCCUGGACUGCGGGGGUGGUGUGACAGAGGGACAAGUCUUCGAGGCCUUCAAAAUCCUCACCUCGGACCCCCAGGUGAAGGCGGUGUUGGUGAACAUUUUCGGCGGUAUCGUGAACUGUGCCACCAUCGCAAACGGAAUAACUGCAGCAGCCAGGGGCAUCGACCUCAAGAUUCCUCUCAUUGUCAGACUAGAAGGGACAAAUGUUGAUGAAGCCAAAAGGAUCCUGAAGGAGAGCGGUCUUCCCAUCAUUCCUGCAGAUGGCAUGGGAGAGGCUGCAAAGGCUGCUGUUGAAAGCAUACAAUAACAAACUUCGAAUCACCGGAUGAAGUCUUGUACAGUGUUUCGUGAUCUUAAGUGUACAAAAUUACAGAAGAUUGUUGUGACUCGUGAGACUGUCAGAGUAAUAUAUGAUUUCUCUGGGAUUGACGAAUAAGUAUACAUGCACUACUCUGAAAAUUAUACUGGUUCCGAAUCACUGAACUUAGUGUAAAAAUAAUAUGAUAGUAAACAUAUGUUUAGGUACCAACCACGUAUUUGAUUUUAUAUUAAAAAUAUCCAAAGCACUGGAAAGGGAUGUGAUUAAUAAUUUUAUUCAUGGAUGAAUUCAUUAUGUGACAGUAUUAAAUUUACCUCACUACACAAAUGUACUAGAAAGUUUGAUCCAGUGGUGGUGAGAUAUUUGUCUGUCUGUAGGAGGGAAUAUCCUCCAUAGCAGGCUGUAACUAUGA